CUCGCUACCCGCGGACUCCUUCAUUCAUUCCACCGGCUCGAGUCGAUCCGGCCUCAGGCGUUCGUCGCGGAGAUCGAUCGAUGGGAAUUAAAUAGACCUCGUCCCAUUGGCUUUUCCCCCUCUCACUCAACGGCAGUCGAACUUUCUCCUGACCGCCGCGUGCAACUCGAAAAAAUGGCGCCCAAGAAGGAUUCCAAACCUUCUGUUCCCAUACAGCCUGUUCCAGAGAAGCGCGGCUACGAGUUCUUUGGCCCUUACGGCGGCUUUGCGAUUAUUUUCGGUCUCCCUGUCCUUCUGUUCGCCUUCACUUUCCUGUGUAACGAUGUCUCCGGCUGCCCCGCGCCGUCAUUGCUCCACCCGUCUACUCUGACGCUCGACAAAUUGAAGCAGGAGGUUGGCUGGCCUGAGAGAGGUAUUCCGGCGCUUUACGAUACGGAGGUUUUGCUGUGGGUUCUGAGCUACUACCUGCUGCAGCUGGUGUUGUACGUGGUCCUACCAGGCCCGGUGGUGGAGGGCACCGAGUUGGCUUGCGGUGGAAGGCUCUGGUACAAAUUCAACGCCUUCCCUACUGCUGUACUCAUUCUGCUCGGCUUGGCUGCCGGCACUUACCUGGAUGGCGCGGACUUUGUUGUUUGGACGUUCCUUUGGGACAAGUAUCCGCAGGUCAUCGCCUCGAACUUGAUUAUUUGCUCGUCGCUGGCGAUUUUUGUCUAUAUCAAGAGUUUCUCCGUUCCCGCGCCCGGACAGCCCAACCCGGAGCUUCGGCAGCUAGCUCCAGGUGGACACUCCGGUAAUGUGCUCUACGAUUUCUUCAUUGGGCGCGAACUCAACCCCCGAGUAAAACUUCCAAUUCCGUUCGUCAGUGAGGCAUCCAGAACCGUCGACAUCAAGGUCUGGAUGGAAAUGCGCCCUGGUUUGCUGGGAUGGAUUAUCAUGAACCUGUCCAACAUUGCGCGACAGUACAGGACUUAUGGAUAUGUGACGGACUCCAUCGUCAUCUCAACCCUUUUCCAAGCUUUUUACGUUCUCGACGGGCUUUACAUGGAGCCUGCGCUUUUGACUACUAUGGAUGUGAUUAUGGAUGGCUUUGGGUACAUGCUUUCCUUCGGUGACCUCACUUGGGUUCCCUUCAUGUACAAUUUUCAAACCCGAUACCUGGCCAUGUUCCCAUAUGAACUAGGCCCGAAGGGUAUCGCACUCGUGCUGGCGCCGACGGCUGCAGGAUACAUGAUCUUCCGCGGAGCCAACAACCAGAAGAACCGCUUCCGUACAAACCCCAACGACCCGCGUGUCAAGGAGAUCAAGUACAUCGAGACCGCCGCAGGGUCCAAGCUGAUGACUUCCGGUUGGUGGGGAUUAGCUCGCCAUAUCAACUACCUCGGCGACUGGCUUAUGUCGUGGUCGUACUCCCUGCCCACCGGGAUCUCCGGGUUUGUGAUCCUCGAGAGCAUCAACCCUUCCACGGGCGAACUCGAAAAGCAAGCCGUGCAGACACCCGAGUCGCGCGGUUGGGGCCUUAUCUUCACUUAUUUCUUCCUGAUUUACUUUGGUGUCCUUCUCCUUCACCGUGAGCGACGUGACGAAGAAAAGUGCAAGAGAAAGUACGGCAAGGACUGGGACCGAUAUACUUCUCUUGUCCGCAGCCGUAUCAUUCCAGGGAUCUACUAAGGUCGCGUUCGAUCUAAAGUUCAAUUUAUGAUCUUUUGAUGUGUAUACUAUCUUAAUUUUUAAUCUAAUCGUCUCUUCAUUUGGCGACGGAGAAGCUUAUGUACAUGUUAUUAUAAUUAGUUGAGAUUGGAAACAAUCGUGAUCACUGAAUAUACAAAUUUCAGACAUCAAGCCUCGGUCUUUUUGAAGCACCGGGGCCAUGUCUUGGAUCUCCUGAAUCUCUCGAAUCUCUCAAACCAUCAGGCCUCUCUGGGCUUUCUGGAUCCGGUGGACUCCGUGG